ACAAAAGAGAAAAAAAAACAAGAAUAAAAUUCUUAAAGAGCUCCUCAAGUACAGCCUUAAUCUUUUACUAAAUGAUUUGAUACGCUCUUUGGUAAUUGAGUAUAUGCAUUGAUGUGUUCAACCGAAUUCAAUUGUGACUGACAAUUAAAAAAAAUGUGAAAAAAAAGCGAAAGACAAACAGAAGGCGUCCUGCUAACUAAGCGCGUCUUUUUCCUUUUCUUUUUUUUCUUUCUCUUUUCAUAACUAAAUAAUGGAAAACACGAGCCCUGAAAAGACAUCAAAUACUGUUCGUGAAGCAGCCUUAACUCUCGAAAUAAGAGGUGUUUUGGAUCGUAACUUUCCAGACUUACGAAAAACCUUUACAGACCCACCUCAGUAUAUUUCUGCUCAAGCCGCUCCAGUCAAACCAAUCGUAUUAAAAAAGAGUAUUACUAUGCCUAAUGCCGGUCUUGAAGCUAUAAAACAAUUUGAACCAAACAAUCCUUCCGGAUUCGCUAAUUUUAUAAACAGAGCUUACUUUGUUGUAAAAAACCAACUUUAUUUAUGGGAUUUUGCUGAAAGUCGAGAUCUAGUUAUCCAUGAAGAAGAAGAUGCAAUUGUUGGUAUUGGAUUUGUGAAACCCAAACCUCAAGUGUUUAAAGAAGAAAUCAAGCAAUUGUUGAUUAUUUCUACAGUCAGAGAAAUCAAAAUCAUUGCACUUAAAUACAAUUCCGUCACUGGUCUUGAAGUGUUUGCAACAGACAUGAUAACUAGCUCAUCCGGCGUUAAUAUAAAUGCCAUUGUGGGUACAGAACAAGGUCGCAUAUUCAUGCUAGGCGAUGAUGGCAAUGUUUGGGAGUUGGACUAUAGAAGUCAAGAAGGUUGGUUUACUGGUAAAUGUACAAAGAAAAUUCAUACACCUGGAAGUGGCCUUUCAUUUUUGUUUGGAGGAUUUGCAAAAGAUCCUAUUGUACAACUUGCAGUCAAUGAAAGUGGCACUGUAUUGUAUCAACUCACAGCCAGCUCAUCAAUUUAUGUUACAUAUCUCGGCAAUGACGGAUACACAUUUAACACAGUCUAUAGAAAGACAGAUGUCCUUCAGACUGCUAAAAUGGCUUGUCCUAGCACGCAUUAUCUCACAGGCAAAGACUUCAAGAUUGUCUCUAUUCAGCCUACAACAGCACUUGAAUCUACGUCUUAUCAUCUUGUUGCUAUCACUAAUUCUGGUCUAAGAAUUUAUUUCAGUCACCACACAGAAUCACAGCAUUUGAUAUAUGAUGCUCCACCUAACAACCUUGUUAUCACACAUGUUCGAUCUCCAGAAAAGAGCAUGUCUACAGCAGAUAAUAUUCAUCAUCCCGUUUAUAACAAUGCACUCUUUAUGUUUGUCCAGAACCAACAUGCUAGUGCCACACAAGACAAGAUUAUCAUCUAUUCUCCUGAUUUGGGCAACUUGUCAAACUGUAUCUCACCUGCUUCCAACAUGUCGCUGGCUGAAUUCCACGAUACAAUUGAUAUUCAUGGCAAGGUACUCUCUAUUUCGGAAUCACCCGAAGGAACACAGACCAUCAAUGACAUGACUAUCGUACCUUACUAUGCUCCUACACGUUACUUCUUUAUACUCACGACUUCUGGUGUCUAUGUGCUUGCCAAACAAAGGCCUGUUGAUAUGCUUUCUAAUUUAUUGUCUUUGGCUGGAAAUGACAUUGUGUAUCGUUUACCUGAAUUUGAGCAUUUCUUUAGUCAUUUUGGUUAUGUCAAUUGCUCUACUCUCUGUUACAAUCUGAUUUCAUCCAAUAUGCCUGUCUUGCCCAACUCUGUCAAGCUCUAUAGUCCCGAUUCUGUGGCAACAUCAGUAGCUCAAGGUGCUAAGGUCUUGUUGGAUCGAUUUGGUCAAGUGCCUUCCCUCUUGAAUCAAAUGAAUGAACACCAAUAUACCAGUAGACACGAUGGUUUGGCUUUGUUUAUCUAUCGUCUUGUUCAGCCCAUCUGGACAAAGCAAUUGGUUCAACAAGAUGUCAACAAGGUCUAUUCAAGCACAGUCUCUAUUGAUCAAUUAAAAAAUACGCAGAAUGGACUCAAGAACCUUAUGAGCUUUAUGGAUCAACACCCUGACUUGUUCCCCAAGACAACAGAUUCUCCUGAAGCGAGAUCCUUCAAUAACUUGAGAGAAUUAAUCUCUUACUUGGCAGAUGCUCUUUCCUUCUUUAUCUACUUGAUUGAAACUGGUAUCUCUUCUGUCGUUCAACUCAUGAAGCCUGACUCUCAACAACACUUAUUACAACAAGAUCUCAAGACUCUAUUGACCACAUCUGAAGGUCGUUCUCUUACCCAUGAUUUAUUGUCUGCUUUGAUCCAAUUUAGUUUCAAUCGCUACGAUAAUUCAUCCUAUGUGGUUGACGUCCUUACUCAACACUGUGGCUCCUUCUGUGGUGCUUCUGAUGUUCUUUUGUAUAAGGCAGCCAGUCAAAUCUAUUCUGCCCGUACUGCUACCAAUACCCUUCAAGCCAGAGCUCUUUUGAACGAUUCGUUUAUGAUGUUGACCAAGAUUGCCUCUAGUAUUCCUGCUGACAAGGCAACCGAAAUUGCAGAUGAAUUUGCUAGUCAAGGAAACCACCUUUAUGGUACUCGUUUAGCUCUUGAGUGCAUCAAGGCUCGUGACCCACACCAUGACACAACUGGUUUUGUUGAAGCAGGAUGUCCUCCUCAUGAUCCCAGAGCAUUGUUAUUUAAAGCCAAGAAACCCUUUUAUGACAUUGUGUUCAAGCUUGUUUGCGAUGUUGUUUUGAAAAACAAUGAGCGUGAAACUCAUCGUAAAGACAUCCUAAAUGCUGUAUUCAACUAUAGAGAUAAGGCUUUCCAUUUCUACAUGUACGAAAAGUUUAUAGAAAACCAAAUGGGACAAGAUUUGAUCAAGGAAUCGCCACCUUAUCUCGAAGAGUUUUUGAACCGUAAACCAUGUUCUUUUGAUCGUCUUCGCUUACUUGCUGAUUAUUAUAGAAGAAAUGAAAAAUACGAAGAAGCAGCUCAUAGUUAUAUAGCAUUAGGAAGAGCUGCUGGUGAUAUUGAUAUGAAUGUACGUGUUGACUACUUGACGGCAGCUGCAGUCUGUGCCAGAGCAGUUACAACACCAGCUAAACAAUACGAAAUGUUCCAUUUGAGACAAGAGAUUGAUCAACUUUUGGAACUUGCUCGACAAGCUGCUUCAGCAGUUUUAGUUUAACAGCAAUGAUAAAUAAUAAAGACAUAGUUUUUUUUUAAAAGAAAGUUUAAUCAUUAAACAAGAAAUGUCUCUAACUAUGACUAUGUAAAGUCAAUAUAUAUGUAUACAAACAAUAUAAAAACUUACAAUAGCUUAUUUCUUCUUGGAGACACCAACAGUACGACCACGACGACCAGUGGUCUUGGUGUGUU